AGAUACCUGCAGUGUCAACUUUAUUUAGAAUGUAAAUAGUACAUAAGAUUUCAUUUUUCCUCUCAGAAUGGAGUGACAUUUAAGUCUACUAAUCUAGGUUCAGUAGGUCUAAAACCAAUUAGUCAAAAAGGACAUUGCCACAUCAUGGAAUCAACUUUCACUGUUGAUGACUAAUGAUCAUGAUGAAAGAGUGAUGUAAUUUACCGAGGAAUUAGUCCAGCGGUAUGAAGAUCGAAGAAGCUUAUGCAAUAAAGCAAUCUCCCACUUUUUCCCUUCGGAAAUGCAUAUAUAGGCUCAACAACAGAGGUUUUCAAAAUAGUGAGAACCAUGAUAACCUUAACCGAUGUCUACCAUGUUAUUGCUGCAAUUGUCCCAUUGUACGUUGCCAUGAUCGCAGCCUAUGUUUCUCUUAAAUGGUGGAAGCUGUUUACACCAGAUCAAUACAGUGGAAUCAACAAGUUCGUGGCAAAAUUUUCGAUCCCUCUUUUGUCUUUCCAAGUGAUCUCAACAAACAAUCCCUACAAAAUGAACUGGAAACUUGCAUGUGCAGAUUUCCUUCAAAAGCUUCUUGCUUUCAUCCCACUGGCAGUAGUCGCCAAAAUAAGAUCCCGAGGAAGCCUGAGUUGGGUUAUAACAGGUCUUUCUUUGUCAACAUUGCCUAAUACACUAAUUUUAGGAAUCCCACUGUUAAAGGCAAUGUAUGGGGAUGAAGCAGUAAUGAUCCUUACCCAGAUAGUUGUAUUACAAAGCAUAAUUUGGAAUAAUCUUUUGUUAAUUCUCUAUGAGGUUGAAGCCACAAAAGAAUCCUAUGUGACAACAACAUCAGACGUUACAGAAUUGGAGGCCCCACAAGGAGUAGAACCAAAAGCUGAAGGCAGUGAAGAUGUACAAAUUAGAAAUCCAAGAAAAGCAAAAAUCUUGGGCAUUCUUUCGACAGUCGGAAGAAGGCUAAUUAUCAAUCCCAAUACUCAUGCCACCUUGACAGGUCUUAUAUGGGCUAGCAUACACUUCAGGUGGGGAGUAAAGUUUCCAAAAGUGGUUGAGAAUUCGAUAUCAAUAUUGGCAGAUGGAGGACUGGGAAUGGCUAUGUUCAGCUUAGGCCUCUUCAUGGCAUCACAAGCUAGUGUGAUAGCAUGUGGAGCCCGGAAAGCAGUAUUCGCCAUGGUAAUGAAAUUUGUAGCUGGACCAGGCCUCAUGGCAGUGUCCGCAAUAACACUCAAAUUAAGAGGAACUUUACUCAAAGUGGCAAUAGUGCAGGCAGCUCUACCUCAAGGGAUAGUUCCAUUCGUAUUUGCUAAAGAAUAUAACAUACAUCCGGCCAUACUCAGCACAGGGGUAGUCUUUGGUUUGCUGAUAGCUGUGCCAAUUGCAUUAGCCUACUACUUCCUGUUGGCAUUAUAAACAAGCGUCACGUAUUUCAUUAGGAACUAA